AGAAGAAGAAGAUUAGAAGAGUGAGAAAAGCAAAGAGAACAGUGUAACCAAACUGAGACGAAGUCUCACAACACUGUUGCAGCCAUGGCUGAGAAACAACGAAAGCGAAAGCGAACUGUAAGGUAAACUUCGACACAAACUCACGAACUCAACAAAAAAAAAAACAGAGUUAGCAGAGGAAGACGAAGACAUCGGAACUUGCCUUUCAAGUCAAACGCGACUGCGAUCGCUUUUUUUGCUGAUCGGAUAUGUUGUUUGUUACCGGCGUCGGAGGCGGUGGCGGUUGCGGCUGACGGUGGCGGAAUAGAAACCGAGACUAAGACCAGUGCCGAAGGAGAACAACAACGACAAUCAUGAAGAAAGGGAAGGGGAAGAACAACGGCUUGCUGCCGAAUUCCUUGAGGAUCAUCUCUCUUUGCCUCAAAACUGUCUCCACCAACGCCACCACCGUUGCUUCCACCGUACGCUCCGCCGGCGCCUCCGUUGCCGCUUCAAUUUCCUCUACUUCCGAGGAUCACAAAGACCAGGUAACCUGGGCUGGUUUUGAUAAACUAGAGAUUGAUCAAUCUACCUUCAAACAUGUCCUGUUACUUGGUUAUCUAAACGGAUUUCAAGUUCUUGAUGUGGAGGAUGCUUCUAGGUUCAGUGAGUUAGUCUCGAAGCGCGACGGUCCGGUUUCUUUCUUACAGAUGCAGCCGUUUCCUAUAGGAUGCAAUGGCCAAGAGGAGGGGUUCAGAAAGUCGCAUCCGUUGCUGUUGGUUGUUUCUGGCGAUGAUGCUGGUAAUGGAAACCAAAACAGUAACAAUUUGAGUGGUUUAGGAAGAGAUGGUAAUGUGGAGACUCUACCUGGGAAUAGUGGAAACUAUGCGACGGCUGUUCGGUUUUACUCCUUGAAGUCUCAAUGUUACGUUCAUGUUCUGAGAUUCCGAACUUCCGUGUGUAUGAUCAGAUGUAGUUCGCGGAUUGUAGCUGUUGGUCUUGCCACCCAAAUAUACUGCUUUGAUGCUGCAACCCUUGAGAAUAAGUUCAGUGUUCUAACUUACCCUAUUCCCCAGCUUGCUGGACAAGGAAAAACUGGUGUUAAUGUUGGUUAUGGUCCAAUGGCUGUGGGUCCAAGGUGGUUAGCAUAUGCUUCCAACAGCCUGCUUCCAUCAAAUUUAGGUUGCUUAAGCCCACAAAACCUUGGUGUUUCUCCUGGAGUUAGUCCAUCAACUUCUCCAAGCAAUGGUCAUUUAGUGGCUCGUUAUGCAAUGGAGUCCAGUAAACAUUUGGCCGCUGGAAUAAUCAAAUACUGUCAAGAGCUGCUUCCUGAUGGUUCUGCUUCUCCAAUUCCGUUGAAUUCAGGUGGGAAAGUCGGCAGGGUUACAGGAAUUGAUAUGGAUAAUGCAGGCAUGGUAGUUGUUAAGGAUUUUGUUUCCAGAGUUGUCAUUUCACAAUUCAAAGCUCACUCAAGUCCUAUAUCUGCACUAUGUUUUGACCCUAGUGGGACCCUUCUUGUCACUGCAUCAGUCUAUGGGAAUAGCAUCAAUAUAUUCCGGAUAAUGCCGUCACGCACAUACAAGGGUUCAGGAGUUCCAGGCUACAACUGGAGCUGUUCUCAUGUGCAUCUUUAUAAACUUCAUCGUGGAAUAACACCAGCUAUGAUUCAGGACAUUUGUUUCAGUCAUUUUAGUCAGUGGAUUGCUAUUGUCUCAUCCAAAGGAACUUGUCAUCUUUUUGUUUUGUCACCCUUUGGAGGUGAUACUGGUUUCCAAGUAAUUAGUUCUCAGGGUGAAGAACCCUCCCUACUUCCAGUUUUUUCUCUACCAUGGUGGUCUACUUCCUCUUCGGUUUCUCAUCUGCAAUCAUUGCCUCCUCCAGCACCUGUUGUCCUUUCUGUGGCUAGCCGGAUAAAAUAUAGCAGUUUUGGGUGGCUUAAUUCAGUUAAUAAUUCUGCUGCUAAUGCGACAGGAAAAGUUUUUGUUCCGUCUGGUGCUAUUGCUGCCAUCUUUCACAAUUCCUUAUCUCAUUCACAACAACCCAUUAACUCAAAGGAAAACCCCUUGGAAUAUAUAUUGGUAUACACACCUUCAGGUCAUGUAGUUCAGCAUGAACUUCUGCCAUCUGUUGGUUCAGAAACAAGUGAUAGUGUUUCAACGAACCAGUCAACUUCACUCCUUCUGCAGGAGGAUGAGUUCAGAGUCAAAGUUGAACCUAUUCAAUGGUGGGACGUAUGUAGACGGUCAGAAUGGCCAGAAAGAGGGGACCCUUUCAACAAUACAUUCGAUAACGAUAAAGAAGGAGGUAUGGAGAAAGUUCAAGAGAAAAUGUGUUAUGGUAACAUCCAUCGAUUGGAUUUUCUGGAUAUAAGUGAUGGUAUCAGGGAAAAGACGGUUAAACCUUCUAGUGGGAAUCCCCAAGAUAGGUCUAAUAGCUAUCUGUCUAAUGCAGAGGUUCAAGUGAAUUUCAGAGGGCUGCCUAUAUGGCAAAAGUCCAAGAUUGGUUUCUAUACAAUGAGUUGUGUAAGAACUAGUUUUAAUGCUGGUGGAGAGUCUGAAAUUGAAAAAGUGUCUGCUAAAGAAGUUGAAAUAAGACGGAAGGAGCUGCUGCCUGUUUUUGACCAUUUUCACAGCAUCAGACCAAGCUGGAACGAGAGAAGCCUUGCUGGGGAAAGAUAUUUAAGCCCGACGCCUCCUGUUCCCAAUCAUGCUGAAGACAAGGAAACGGCUGAUGUGACGGUUAUUUGUCAUUCAAAUCCAGCUUCAUUGAGUUCCACUGAAAGUUCAGAAGGAGGUUCAUCAAGAAGAAUUGAAAAUCUGCUUGACCUGGAUCAAGUUGCUUCCAGUUACCAAAUGCUUGGUGAAAUAUACCAAGAAAGAAUGGGGGCAAUCAAUGCUGACCCUUCCUUACAAAACCAUUUUGUGAUGGAAAGUCCACUUCUAUCUGGAAACUCAAAACAAGUUGAUUUUCAUGUUGACCAUUGUGCCACUGCCGGUCCAAUAUUCCAGGGGAGAAAUAUGACUUCUGAAGGAAGAGAUUCUGCUGGUAUCGGGAUCAGCGAGGACUCAGCAUUAGUCCAGGAACAGGCUUCAGAUAUAGGUGAAUUUGUGGAAGUAGCCAUGGUAAUGCAAUAUGCAAGUGUCAAGCUAUCUUUCCAGGGUGGCCACUGCAAGACACUGGAGCAUGAUGGAAGUAAUGUGUUAACUGAAGUUGUUGCUGAUGAUGUUGACAGCAGUAGUAGCCUCCGUGAGAAUGCGGAAUUGGAGGAGGAUGGGGAGGAUGAUGAAAUGCUUGGUGGCAUAUUUGCCUUUUCGGAAGAAGGUUGAUGACCGCCGGAGCGCGCCUAUGAAGUCAUCUGUGGGAAAUAUGAAAGCAUUGUGAAUACUGUGAAUAAGAAAUGGCAUAUGUGCAAAAUAUUAGAUUGAUUUGUUUCUUAGUUGGCGAUCUCCGUCUCCGUCUCUCUCCCCUGUACAUUGUGUAGAUUGGAAUUCAUAUUUUCAUGGGUUAGCUAACUUUGGGGCCUAUGUUUGGAAAACUCUGGCUGAGGGUUUGAGUUUGCAUUCACAGUGCUAAGCUGAUCAUUUAUCAAGUUUUUAUGUAAAUACGAACAGUGCUAAGCUGAUCAUUUAUCAAGUUUCCCUUCAAAUUAUAUAACAGUUUUUUUUCUUUUUCAAUUUGGUUAUUAGGACAAGAAAGGAAAGUUGUAAAAGCUCAAUUGGAAGGGUGUUCAUUGAUGUUUCUCCUUCCCUGGAUGCUACUUCAGCUGGUUUUUAAUUUAGUAAAAUGCCCUUGUCAA